AUGUCGUCCAAAACCCCCAAUAGUCAACAUGAAGCCCCGAAUCUACCGGAGCCUUCGUCUACUGCAGGACCCUCGUCGCGCAAGAGGGCUCGGGUGUACCACACGGCCAGUACCGGUCUCGACAUCCUGGGAAACGUAUCCGAGGCGUCAGAUAUACUCUCUCCUCUUAAAGCUGCCUGCAGAGCGACCAAAUCGAUUCUUGAUGUUGUCCAAGCUGUCGAUGACAACCAGGAAGAAUGGAAUGAUCUAACGCAGCGUUUGGAGGGCUAUAUGUCCGCUAUUGAUGACCAGAUUGAUGCGUUCGAAAAGUAUUCUCCAGCGGAGAGAGCCGUCGACGAUGCACUCAGCCAAUCACUCGCUCAUUACGUCAAACUGCUCGGGGAAUUCCAUGACAAGGUCGCCCAGCAUAGGCAUAAGAGAAGCCGUAUCAGCAUCAGCGCAUUAACUACGAUAAGCAAAAUCAAACUCGACGCAGGAGAUAUCCGCAAGUUCCAUCGUGAUAUCGAGGACCAACACAGGCAACUAAUGGAGAAGCUGGGUCUUUUUGCCGCACUGCGCCUUCAGAUCAUCGAACAGAACACCAAGGUUAUCCUGACAGAGGUCGACGCGUCUGCUAUUCUCCAGCUGCCGAUCGUAGCAUUUUCUGCAUCCUCGGUCCACAAUACCUGUCUUCAAGGAACACGCCAGGCUGUGCUUCAGACUAUCUGGCGCUGGGCAGCUGACGACCUGUCAGAAAAGCCAAUAUUUUGGCUCUGUGAUAUAGCUGGGUCCGGAAAGUCCACAGUCGCAAUGUCCGUGGCGCAAGUAUGGAGAACAGAAGGAGCUCUGGGGGCCCAAUUCUUCUUCUCCCUCGCCAGCAGUGAGGGCUCUACCACAGAGAAAUUCUGUUCAACCUUAGCCAGAGAGCUUGUCCAGUACAUGCCUGAACUUGGACCUCAUAUCGCCGACGCCGUGAAGCGAAAUCCUGCGAUCAUACGAAGUUCGUUCCACGACCAGAUCCGAACAUUGGUCACCGCCCCGCUCCAGCAUCGUCAGAAACGGACCAUUCUCGUCAUUGACGCCCUCGACGAAUGUAAAUCUGGAACGCAGAGAAGGGAGCUAUUGGAUAGUCUUGCCAUGGCUGUUCGAGAAACCCGGAAUCUCAAGAUAUUUAUCACCAGUCGGCCAGACCACGUCAUAGAGUCGGUUCUACAACCACUCUCGAUCAAAGCGCAGCUAAAGGACCGUCUCCACGACGUCAGCCACCACGAUAAUAUUGACGACAUUGCGUCCUACGUGCAUCAAUCGCUGCACGAUAUACUACCGCAGGACAAGAGACAGCAGUUGGUGGACAAAGCUAAUGGAUUGUUCAUCUGGGCAAGCACUGCAUGUCGAAUGCUCACAAGCAAAACCAGCUUGAGUCCGCCUGAGGACAUAUACGAUCGCCUAAUCUCCAUGGACCAGCCCGGAGCAAUAGACAGCGUAUAUAAUCUCGUCUUUGAGCGUAUAGAUCCCGAAUACUACGGGGUCAUGUGUGCGAUGCUUGCGCUGUUGCUUGCUGCAUUCGAGCCUCUCACCAUCGACGAUCUAGACGACCUCCUGAAGCACUCGAGGGUACCCGGAAGAGCCAAAGCGCUGGUACAGAAUUUGGGAAGCGUACUCAGUGUGGAUCGGGGUACAGAUCAGAUUCAAUUUCGCCAUCCUACCCUCGUGGAGUACCUUCGACGCUGCACCACAGCACCAGUUAUCGCUAAACAUAAUAAGCUCUAUCUCAACGCGGUCGAAGCACAUGGUCAAGCAGCAUCUUGGUGUCUCAAACGCCUCAAAUCGCCGAACGGAGGGCUCAAGUUUAAUAUAUGCGAAAUCGAAUCUUCCUUCUUUCUAAACAGGCAGAUACCUGACUUGGAUGCCAGAGUUACAAGGCUGAUUCCAAGAAGGCUUCGAUAUGCGAGCUCCCAUUGGCUGUUCCAUUUGGCGGAAACGGACGACAAGUGGAGGCGCGCGCUCGUGAGGGAGCUCGAACCCAUUACCACAUACCCCUAUGAUCUAUACUGGAUGGAGGUUCUUAGCUUGACCGGAGGAGUCCCACGAGCGAUACUUGGUCUUCGAUCGAUUGUUGGUCGCACAGGACUCGAGAAGCCUAGAAGUAAUCUGAAAGAAAUCCGAAGGUUUCUCAUGAGAUUUUCAGUGCCGAUCCAGGAGAGUGCUCCGCAUAUCUACAUCUCAGCGCUUCCAUUCGCUCCUAAAAGAUCGUUGGUACAUAUCGAGGGCCUGAAACAAUACGCGAAUACCCUCACCGUGACCGAGGGGUUGGAGGAAACGUAUCCUGGGCUUGUCACACCUCUUAAAUUUGUUUGUAAGGUGCUGGCUGCCGGAUUUUCACCAGACGGUUCACGAACUGUCUUUGGGUUGAGCGACCAUACCCUCCGAAUAUGGGAUGCAGACACAGGUCAACCACUGGGAGAACUACUCCGAGGUCACCAAGAAUCAGUCAGUGCCGUCGUGUUCUCACCAGAUAGCUCACGAAUCGUUUCUGGCUCGUAUGACACGACGCUUCGAAUUUGGGACGCGGACACCGGUCGACCACUGGGAGAGCCACUCCGGGGUCACAAGAGACCGGUGAAGAUUGUCGAGUUCUCACCAGAAGGCUCGCGGUUUGUCUCCAGCUCGGAUGACGCGACGAUUCGAAUGUGGGAUGCAGACACUGGUCAGUUACUAGGGGUCACGCUCCCAGGCUAUAACGGGGGUGUUUUAGCCAUGAGAUUUUCGCCAUGCGACUUACGAGUCGUCUGUCGCUUGGACAACAAGACGAUGGGACUGUGGAAUGCGGACACUAAUCAGCCAUUUGGAGAGCCACUCAGAGGGCAUGAAGAUCUGGUGACGGCCGUCGCUUUCUCGCCAGACGGAUCACGAAUCGUCUCUGGCUUGUGGGACGGAACGAUUCGAAUAUGGGACGCAGCCACUGGUCAGCCACUGGGGGAGCCACUCCGAGAUCAUAAUGGUUUGUUAGUUGUCGUCGCGUUCUCGCCAGACGGAUCACGAAUCGUCUCUGGCUCCCUCUGGGAGAGCCACGGAUCCCAAAUCAUCUCUUCCUCAGGCGACGGUUUGGUUCGACUGUGGAAUAUAGACACUGGUCAGACACUGGGAGAGCCAUUUCAAGGUCACGAAUCAUCAGUAAAGUUCGUCUCAUUUUCGUCAGAUGGAUCACGAAUCAUCUCUGCCUCAUUCGACAAUACGAUUCGACUCUGGGACAUGGACACCGGCCAGCCACUUGGGGAGCCGCUCCGAGGUUUUGAAGGAGAAACUUUGGCCGUCAUAUUCUCACCAGAUGGAUUCUUAAUCGCCUCUAGCCCUGACGGUGACAACAGGCUCGAUCUCUGGGACGCUGCCACUAGUCAGACACUGAGAGCAUCACUCGAAGGUCACGAGGAUGAUGUAACAGCCGCCAAUUUCUCGCCAGAUGGUGCACGAAUUGUCUCUGGUUCACAGGAUCACACGAUUCGACUGUGGGACACUGCCACUGGUUGGCCUCUGGGAGAGCCACUCAGAGGUCAUGAAGGACCAGUCAGGGCCGUCGUGUUCUCACCAGAUAGCUCACGAAUAGUCUCUGGCUCGGAUGAAACGACGUUUCGAAUAUGGGAUGCAGCCACUGGUCAGCCACUGGGGGACCCACUCCGAGGUCAUGAAUGUGGUGUGUAUGCCCUCGCGCUCUCGCCAGACGGAUCACGAAUUGUCUCUGGCUCGGACGACAAGACCGUUCGACUGUGGAACGCAGAAACUGGUCAGCCAUUGGGAGAGCCACUCAGACGUCAUGAAGAUUUGGUGGAGGCCGUCGCAUUCUCGCCAGACGGAUCACGAAUCGUUUCUGGCUCGAGCGACAGGACGAUUCGACUGUGGGACGUGGCCACUGGCCAGCCGCUUGGAGAGCCACUUCGAGGUCACAGAGAGGGUAUCAGCGCCAUCGGUUUCUCGCCAGACGGCUCACGAGUUGUCUCCGGCUCAUGGGACUCCACGAUUAUUGUCUGGGAUACAGCGACUGUCGCAAGCGCAAAUCACUCCAACACAAUUCUUGGGCCUGAGUCGCAGACAAUUUCCGUCCCUGGAUUCAGUCACUGCACACUUUCCCAAGAUGGCUGGGUGCAAUCUUCUGGUAAAUUUCUCUUCUGGGUACCGCCAGAUAAUCGGCAAGGACUUCAAUAUCCGCAUCCUCGUCUGACUUUACCGACAACGAGCCCCCUUCGUGUAACCAAACUCGAUUUCACCCAUUUUCAAUGCGGUUCCUCUUGGACAAAGGUUCGAACGGAUGGCCAUGAAUGA